ACACUCCCAAGCCAGUCGCGAAUCUCUUCCCCAGCCGUUCCUCGCAACCCACAACCAUCCCCGAUAAUGUCUGUUGUUGCAACUCUCAAGGGCGACAUGCCGCAGCAAGUACGAUCACUCUACCGCCAAUUAUUACGGCAAGGCGAACAAUUCGCCGCGUACAACUUCCGCGAGUAUGCGAAGCGACGGACGAGGGAUGCGUUCCGAGAGCACAAGGACGAGCAGGAUCCGCGAAAGGUGCAGGAGCUGGUUCAACAUGGUUUGAAGGAGCUUCAGGGCAUGAAAAGGCAAACAGUCAUUAGCCAGUUCUACCAGCUGGAUCGGUUAGUCGUCGAGGGUGGGAUCUCGGGCAAGCAGACGGGCAAGCAUGGAGGGAUCGUGAGGCAGAAGGAGCAGGGUUACGACUGA